CACUCGCAUACACGGCUCGCAGCUUUGAGCGCGCGGGAGCCCCGCGACAGCGUCUAAAGUGUAAGCAUCCGCUCAGGGGAAGUUGGGUAAAACACGAUUUUGUUCGUGCCGCUGGUCUGGUUCGUUGCCUCGGGAAUACGCAUGCCAGCCGUAGCCGCCGUCGCCGCUGCCGCAAAAGACGCGGCUACAAAAAAGCCAGCCGAGCGCUCAGUCAAGCCAGUUGUAAACUUCUUUCUCCAUGAGCAGCAUCGAGCGUAUCGCACGCAUCGCAAAACUGACGCGUGAAUGUGGAACUGCAAACGAUUCUGUGAUUGGCACAUAUAGUAAUUACGAUCGGACUAUUUGCAACUGUGAUCCAACAAUUUGGUACAUCGACGUACGGUGUGCUUGUGAAACUUAGCUCAAUCGCUAUUGUGUGAAAUAUUUUUUUUUUUCUUGUUUUACCGUGACCAUCGGCUUUUAUAAGCUAAGUGAAUUGAAAAUACUCUCAUGUGGAAGAUGCUCAAGGUAGCGCUGAAAUUUGGAACGAUGAAUAACUCCGACAGCAGGUGUCUGUUGAUCGAGGAUGUCCAGACGAGCAGCGAGUACAGCCAGGAAAUUUCCACGCAGCUGAGCUCGCCGAUAAAACCGAGGACGACGAUCGUCCACCAGACAGAGACCACCACGGACAGUGGCAUCGACUCCAAACUCAGCAGUAGCUUGGAUCAUAUGAGUUUGGAGCGCAGCGAGUCGUGGGAUCUGACGAAAACCGAAGAUGAGCCAAUGGUGCAUGAGGAAGAAGAGGAGGAGGAGGAGGAGAAAGUGGAGGAAGUCGCGAAAAUUGACACCAGCGUAUCAGAAAAGCCCGUUGUAGCGAAAGAUUUUCGAUGCUAUUACGAGCAAAACUGCGCCGGGGACACGUGUUUGCACAGAGCCAUUCUCUACGGCUACAAAGACGUGGCUAUGAAGAUCAUCGACGCGACGAUACACCCGAUCUACCUGGACAUGAAAAAUUGCGACGCCCAGACGGCUCUGCACGUGGCCGUGAUGACGCGCCAAGUCGAGAUCAUAAAGAGGCUCGUCCAAGCGGGGGCCAACACGUCUCUCAAGGACGACAAUCACAAUACGGCUCUGCACCUGGCCUGCAUGGCCGACGACACCGAGUGCGCCGUUGCACUCCUCGAGUCGUUGCUGCCGAUCAAUAUCUUCAAUCCGACGGGAAUCGAUCAAUUAAAUUCAGCUGGUUUGUCGUGCUUGCACAUCGCCGCUGCCCGUGGAAAUUACAAAUUGGUCGAGCAACUUGUCAAAAGGGGAGCAAAUCUGAACGUCCGCGAUCUGUGCGGCGGACGCACAGCGCUGCAUCUCGCGCUCGAGACUCUCCAUCUGAACAUCGCCUACUUUCUUGUGGUAUCCUGCAAGGCCGACACGACCAUAAAGAAUUACGCUGGCUGCACGGCCAAAGACGUCGCGCUCAGCAUUCAGAGUCAUUCUAAAGUUAACAGCAACUCGGACUCAACCUUCUCGACGGGUUCGUCUCAGUUCGACACGGAUUGCCCCUGUUAAUAGAACAGGAGAAUCAUUCAUUCACAUAGAACAAUUUAACAUAGUCGACGAUAGACUUUUAUUUUUUAUGAUUAUUCGUGUAAUGAUUUAUGUUCGAUUAUCUCCUUAUGCAAAUAUAGUUUUUCACACGGAACUUUUGUUCUUAGCACUUCAUUUGAAAGUAUUACUGUUAAAGUUUAAGUACGUGCUAAGCAAAGUUCGACUAUUUCGUACUAAUAUACGUUAAAGUAAGUGCUCGAACUAGUACGCAAUUUCGUUCUUCUAUCGAUAAUUCAUUGAUUAAUGAACACAUCAUAGUGUUCCAUCAGUAUUGGUUUCAACUAUAUGCUUUACUUAAAUCGAGUAAUGUUUAUUUUUCCAUAAUGUGUUAGUUGAAUCUAGUCUAUGCCUUAUUGAUCUUAUUAAUCAAUGAAGAAGCCUCGGAAUAGGUACCUUCUUAGUUUUAAAAAGAAUUUCAAAGAAUCAUCUGUAACUAGUAAUAAUGGUUUAACUGAAUUUUAUAAUUCAUGCACCUAAAAGUUUGGAACAAUUAGGCCCAAACAAGAUUCAGAAUUGAAGAAUUCCUAGAUUUUUAUGUACUGUGUAAAUAUAAGCCACUUUUUUUAUAUUGUUAACUUGUAUACGCCGAAUUUCAUCGUUUUCAUUUUGUGUUGUCAACGAAAACUGUCCAUAAUUUGAAAUGCAGCCAUAAUCCUGUUGCAUUUAGACUAUCAAAAGUAUCAAUAAAUAAGUUUUUUUAUAAAAUAGUACAUAGCACUUAAGUGUGAAGUAUUUUUAUUUUUAUCGAACUAA